UGUGUGUGUGUUGGGGUCUGUGUGUGAAAGGAAAAGUGUGAUAUUUUUUGUGUUUAUGCAUGUGCAUGCAUGCUUGUGUGCAGUGUGGGUGUGAGUUGUCUCUCUCUUUUUCUAUCUCUCUUUCUACACUUCUUGCGUGCCUCACACUGCCUUCUGUUGGAAUUGUAGGGAAGCUGUGAAGUAGAGGAGCUGCGAAACAACAGGUGCUGGUCCGUCAUGGCCCCCAAACUGAGCGUGCUGCUGCUAAUCAUGUCCGUUGUCACGGUAACGGUUCUGGCCCAGAGGCGACGGACGUCGUCGUCGUCGACAACCACCAACACUGACGAGUGGAACUAUAGGGAUGGCUCUGAGAAGGUGAACAUGCGUGGCGUGGCCAACCUGACUCAGAUCCUGGACAACUGGAGGUUCGACAUCCUGAGCCAGAUGAAAGGACUUCUGCAGAAUGACCACCAGUCUCUCCUGCCCGACUACGCCAGGAUCCAGCCGCUGUCUGAGGCUUUAGAUGAUCUCUACAAGGAGUUCAACGCCCUCAAAGCUCACCUGGGCGACCUGACCGACAAGUUCUCCGCCAUAGAAACCUUCAUCGAUGAGGUCAAGGCCGAGCGCGCCAACAACGCCAACGCUGGCCCAGCCUCUGGCCCGGCCCCUGGUCCAGCUCCGGGCCCCGUCCCCAGACAGGCUGGGAGGAGGAUGCUGAAGAAGAAGGCCUCUUCCUAAGGAGCCAAUGAUGUGCUUCUUCUAUCCUGAUGUCUCUGUUUGUCUCAUCUGGCUUAUACUAAUCCUCCUGUGAUUUCAUCAUGUUGUAUACUUAGGCCAACGCACUACCAAUACCAAUAUCUAAAAUUAAAAUAUAUACCACAGUACAAUACUAAACAUCUAAAAUAUAUACACAUAAAUAAAUAGCCUGUACACAUCUUAUAUUACAUUUAAAAGAGCUGCACUCGGUGUGUUGCCGUAAACCCAGCACUGUUUAAUAUAUACCAAGAUCUUUUUCCAAAAUAAAUAUUGUUUUGCUGUUACGUUUUUACAUUUCAUGUGAGAGGUUGGUAAAACAUGCAUAUUGGUUUAGAAAUCUGCACACAUGCUGUGUCUUAAAUCCCUCACUUGACUCAUGCAGUCCUCCCUACAGUGAGUGAAUUUACAUUUUUGAAAGCAUUUUGGAUGCGUCACAUUGUAAGAUUAUCAGUAGAAAGUGGUCUAUGCUAUGGACACAAACAACUCAAAUAACAUGGCCAAGAGUAAAUAAAGUGGACUAUGUAGGCUAAUAAUAAAAAGCCAUGGGUUCAGAACCCAGCUAUCAUUUCCAGUUUCCUCAUAAAGUAAUACAUCUUUUGUUAAAAUUUUAAAAAGAGCUGAGUUGGUUAGAAAGAACUUGUUCUGUUUGUUCUGCAUGCUUUUUGGACAAACAUGCUUUUUGGUUUGGGUUUACUGCUAAAUAUUUCAUAUUUACCUAUGAGCUCCAAAUAAACUCAUUUCUUGCAUU